AGGCGGGGGGAGGCGGCGGGCUGCAGCCUUCCCCAGCAGAGGGUGUGUGCGGGGUGGCAAGGGGGAAGCCGCGCUCUCCCGGACUUUUGUGGGAGUGGGGGUUGCGUUGUGCGUGUGGUUUUUUUUAAGGGGGGUGGGGUGGGUUAGAAGAGAGUCUGUGGUUUCCAUGGAGAUGAAGCUGAAAGUGCAGGAAAUUUAAAGGCUUUGGGUCCUCGCGAAGCAGACAAACUGGUGCCAACGUGCACGGCUGCCGUUGCUGCUGAGGAGGCGGCUUUGCAAACGGCGGAGAGGAGCGGGGAGGAAGAGCCGGCGGCGACUUCUCGCACACGCACGGGCGGACGGCGAGGAGCGGCAUCGGGGAGCGCGACUCGCAACAAAAAGAGGCGUCUGUCUCCUCGUCGCGGGGAGCGCGAAAAGAAGCGGCGGCUGCGGCAGAAUUUUGGAGCGGCUCCACCGGGAGAGCUUUUCUCGAGCGGCUCGCGAGGAGCGGGGCCGGCUCUGCCCGCGGCCGGGGGCUGCGUGCGCCGGUGCGGGAGCGGAGCGGAGCCCCGCACGGACAGGCGGUCCGGGAUAUCCGCGUCCGAGUUUUCUGAUGCAUUUGCUCGCACCUUCUUCCCCCGCUGCUUGGUGAACCCAGCCCCCCUCCCCCCCCCCCGGCGGUCUCCCAAGGAUGGAUCAUUCCCAGUGCCUUGUGACUAUAUACGCCGCGGCGGUGCUGCUGGGGCUCCGGCUGCAGCAGGGCUCCUGCCAGCACUACCUGCACAUUCGCCCGGCUCCCAGCGACAACCUGCCUCUGGUGGAUCUAAUCGAGCACCCGGACCCUAUCUUUGACCCCAAGGAGAAGGAUCUUAACGAGACCUUGCUAAGGAGCCUCAUGGGAGGACACUUCGACCCUAACUUUAUGGCUAUUUCCCUGCCCGAGGAUCGGCUCGGGGUAGACGAUCUGGCCGAGCUGGACUUGCUGCUGCGGCAGAGACCCUCGGGAGCGAUGCCCGGCGAAAUCAAGGGGCUGGAGUUCUACGACGGGCUGCAGCCGGGCAAGAAGCACAGGCUGAGCAAGAAGCUGCGCAGGAAGCUGCAGAUGUGGCUCUGGUCCCAGACCUUCUGCCCGGUCCUAUACACGUGGAACGAUCUCGGCAGCCGCUUUUGGCCCCGGUACGUCAAAGUGGGCAGCUGCUACAGUAAAAGGUCUUGCUCGGUCCCAGAAGGCAUGGUCUGCAAACCUGCCAAGUCCGUGCAUUUAACGAUCCUGAGGUGGCGGUGCCAGCGGCGGGGCGGGCAGCGGUGCACGUGGAUCCCCAUCCAGUACCCCAUCAUCGCGGAGUGCAAGUGCUCCUGCUAGGGCUGCGUGCCCGCCGGGCUGCCGGGGACCUUUGCUGCAACACAAACAAGAGACACUGCUUUCUGGUUAACGUUGUAAUGCACUGUAAUGUGUAGGAGAAUGUAUAUUGUGUGUAUAUAUGGCACCGUUUUAAUAUACUAUUAAAAGGUCAGUAUUAUACGUGAAAUAAUCAGCGUCUACUGUAUUUUUAAGACUAUUACCCUGAUCGUUGCUAAUGUAUCUUUUUUUUUUUUUUUUUUUUUUUUUUUAUUUAUAUUCCAGAGAGGAGUUGCUUCGCUUUGGCGAAGUCGGUUUGUUGUUGUUGUUGUUGUUUUUUAAUAAAAGGAUUAAAAAAUACAAACCAAACUUUUUGAUAAGAAAACCUUUUAAAGCUAUUUUCCAUUAUUUGGAAAGCGUGCUGGUGUGUUUGUUUGUUUUUUCUUCUUACGGACUUUAGGUUAAAAAGAAAACGCCUCGAGCACAAUGUUAUUGUAAAUAGAACGGUUUGAAUGACUUAAUUCUAUGUAAAUGAAGAGUAUCUGCUAUUUAUUCUUUAUAUCCCUGUAGUAAAAGCGCAGAGCAGAAUUAAAGUCAACCACUAAAACGUGCGCCGUGCGGAUGCUGUUUGCUGUUCGGUGCGGCCGCCCCGCGCUGCUCCGCUCCGCUCCGCGGGUUCCGCAGCCCGCGCAGCUCCAGCGCCGCACGCGGGGAAACCGCGGGGCUCCGGGGCGCUGCUCUGGGCUUUUGUAGCCGCUUGACAUUUCAUUUACAACGGGACACGUGUCUUUCACACCUACCAUUGUGGUGGGACGCUGCUGAAACUUGACCCUUGGGCUUCAGGGGUUUGCAGCGCAGACGCGUUAUUAGCCCGAUCCUGUGACAGCGUCGCACGCCCUCCCCGACCGGCGACAAUCGCCCUCACAGCCCAUUAACUCUGGGCACCCGCCGGUCCCCGGGUGAUCCGUCGCCGGCAGCGCCUGGGUUGGGCACGGACCCGCUCGUUUCGGCGGGCCCCGCGGUGCGGUGCGGUACGGGUGUAGCACGGCACGGCGCUGUC